CCUUCUCUCUCUCUGUCUCUCUCUCUCUCUCUCACACACACACACACGCAGAACACACACACACACACACGCAGCAAUUCAACAAUGGAGAACUCAACAAGGCUUCAAGAAAACCAGAACCCAUGUUUGCUUCCGUCCCCGAAGAGCUAUAGCACCAAUAGUUCCAGCAGCAGCACCAGCAGCAAUGGACUUCACCACCAUCACCACCACGGCCAACUCCCUCCGCCACCCACCCCACCACCUCAGGCUCCCGUGCCCAUCACCAGAUCCGAACCGAACAACCCGUACCCGACUACCUUCGUCCAAGCUGAUACCUCCUCCUUCAAACAAGUCGUCCAAAUGCUCACCGGAUCUUCCGAGACGGCCAAAUUGGCAUCCGGAUCUUCCCGACCCGAACCCGGAUCAGCCCCCGUGAAGAACCACGCCAUCCCGCCCAUCAAGACCGGGCCCAAGAAGGAGAAGUCAGCCUCCCGGCUGUAUGAACGGAGGAAAAGUCUGAUGAACUUCAAGCUCAGCCCUUUGGCACCAGGAUUGGUGAGUAGGCCCGAAUUUUCCUCCAAUUCGCCCCGACCCGUCACACCGGAGAUCUUGUCGCCGAGUCUGCUUGAUAUUACUUCUCUAGUGCUCAGCCCGGUUACACCGCUGAUACCCGACCCGUUCAACAGAUCUCCUCAUAGUGGGUCGAGUACUAAUAGUAAUUUGGACGUCGAGGCUGAGGACAAAGCUAUCGCUCAAAAGGGAUUUUAUUUCCACCCAUCACCCUCAAAUACUCCUAGGGAUUCGGAGCCCCGACUAUUACCCCUAUUUCCGGUGACUUCACCUAGAGUCUCAGGUUCUUCAAGGUCUGAUUCUUAAAUUAUUUUUUUUCUUUUUCUUUCUUUUUUCCCGUUCUACUUUUUGAUGUGUAACGAUUUCAUAUGUAAAACCACAUAGAUAUGAUAUGAUUUGGAAUUGACGAGGCCCUCGCAAAAAAAAGUAAAAAAAGAAGCAAUUGGAAGGCAAUGUUGUUGUCAUAUCAAGUAAUAUCUGUAAUUGGCAAAUUGGGAAGAAUGGAUGGGGGUUGUAUAAUUUUAUAAUUCCAUCUCAAAUUUCUUGCA